GACCGAACCACAUCCCGAUGCCGCCCAAAUCCAAGGCGGCGGCGGCGGCGGCCGCGGCGGAGCCAGCCGCCGUGGAGGACCUCUUCUCGGCGCUCCACCGCCACAUCGAGGCCGGCGAGUUCCCCCAGGCCGUCAAGGUCGCCGACCAAGUUCUCGCGGCGGCGCCGGGCGACGAGGACGCGGUGCGGUGCAAGGUGGUGGCGCACAUCAAGUCCGACGCCACGGACAAGGCUCUCGCGGCCAUCCGCGCCGCCGAGCGCCUCCCCAUCGACCUCAGCUUCUAUAAGGCAUACUGCUACUACAGGCAAAACAAAUUGCAAGAAGCUUUGGAAAUAUUGAAUGGCCAAGAAGAAACAGCUGCUGUUCUCCAGUUAGAAUCCCAGAUCUAUUACCGGCUAGCAAGAAUGACUGAUUGCUUGAAUAGCUAUGAGAAGCUUCAAAAAUUUUCAUUCUCUAGAUUAGUUUAUGAUGUAAGUGAUAAGUCAUAG